UGAGGAGUGGAACCAUUGUUCGGUUGUGCACCAGACACCAUGGUUGACACCCGUAGUGGGAAGAGUACUGCUCCCUACACCCAAGCUCAAGAGGAGCAAGCCGCCGCCAUACUGAGGGAGAGAAGGGAGAAGAAGGAGAAGAAGGAGCUCCUCAAGCAAGCAAAGUUGAAGGCGAUAGCGGAGGAGAUGAUCAGAUUGCAACAAGAGGAAGAAGAGAAAAGAAGGGUUGUCGAAGAAGCAGCAGCAGAGGAGGAAGAGGUAAAAGAAGGGCCCCUAGAGAGGCGGCGUAGGGAAGAAAGGGGAAAAAGUAGUGGCACGAAGGCAGAAGAUAAGUGGAUGGAGAAGAAGAUUAGCGAGUGGGUAGCUAAUUUAUCGCUGGGAGAGGACGAAGAGGCACUGUUGUAUGUGCUUCAAAAGGAGAGAGAAGCAUUUGUCAGGGAGCUGGAAGCUAAGGAGGACCCCAUGGGACGCCAGGCGAUGGACGACGAGAAGAGGUUGGAGUGGAAGUUGUGUCUGGCAAGGGAGAAGAAGAGGAGGAGGGAGGACGCCAACUGGAUGGCCACAGAGGUGGAACAGAUUCAGGCGUGGAGGCAAGAAGUGCAAGCGCAAGCAGAAACCUCGCCCAAGCUAGAUAAGAUCCUGGGUUAUCUGGAAGUAUUGAACCGAGAUGCGCGCGCGGAGAACGACCUCGAGGACGACUUCGACGGCAGUGACGGCGGCAAUGGUGUGACUGCGGUAUGUUCUGUGGUUCGGACUUUGGAUGUGACUGCCUACGAUCACAUACAUAUAUAUGGUUCUCAGUACGAGGAGAUACGAGAGCUGGUUGGCCACCAUGCUGUUCCCUUUGGCCGGCACCUUGGACUCGCAGACUUCUGGAGCAGCACCUUUGACAUGGACAUCAAGAUCAGUCUGCGACCUGCUAUCCGGAUCAGACCUCAUCAUCAGAUCGUGUACCGGAUGCAACUAGCUACUAUGACAAUCAAGCUGAAGUCCUCGCCGAACGAGUUGGCAAGGGAGGCCAACAUCAAUAUGCACAACUUUCCUUCGUUCAGCAAGAUGGCCCUAGACCGUGAGGCUAAGAUAGGGCAUGGACAGGCACCCACUACGGAUGGGAGGAAGAAGACACUGCCUCCUAACUGGAAGGCGAAGGGUCGCUUAAUGUUUGUCGAUAAUGAUGGUUCCAUUAUCGAAGUAGACGAACACUUCCAGGAGGGAGUAGGUUCAGAGGCGGGCAGCAUAGAAGCUUCAGAGGGUGGAGUAGUCACUGUGGUAGCUCAAAAAGGUAAGGCGACCGGUAGAUGUCGUGGAGGUUCUCAGUCUAGGAGUCAAGUUGACCCCAAUGCUCCUCCAUGGGAGAAAGCGGGUCUCACAGAGGACGUGUGGAGAGAUCGGUAUUCACGGCAGGCUUGUAUUAGAUGUGGUCAAUAUGGCCAUAGUCAGUACAAGUGCCGCAACAAAAAGUGCUCCGGGAAACACGUCGGGCCAGUAGGAAUCGUAGCUGUUCCUGCUAGGGUCGAGGUGGUGGAGACACCCUCACCAUCUCGAGAGAUGGCCCAAGCUACUGACUCCAAUGUCGUCCCGCAAACACGUUCAGACCCAUCGAGCCUCUGUUCGAUGAAUGUGUUUGAGUCCUUAGAGGAGCUAGAGGUGGAGUGGUCUAGAUCAGACCCGCUAGCUUCUUGGACGGCACUAGUCAAAGCCCCGAAGGGUGAGAUGUUCGUCAGCGAGGUAGUCAUUGGCGGCCGCAAGGCCGGGGCCUAUUAUGACACCGCGUGCCUCGAUGACAUACUUAUUUUUAGUAAGACUGUCGAGGAGCAUGUUGCACACUUGGACAAAGUCCUUAGUCUCCUGCGACAGCACAAGUUCAAGAUCAAUGGUGAGAAGUGCGAGUUUGGCCGCACUUGUGUCUUGUACUUGGGUCAUGAGAUUUCCGCGGAAGGGUUGAAGCCCGAUGACGUGAAGGUGGCCAGCAUUCGCGACUGGCCGCGUCCUCGGUCUGUGACUGAGAUGAGAUCAUUCUUAGGGAUGACAGGCUACUAUCGCAACUUCGUGGAGAACUAUAGUAUAGUUGCCGCCCCUUUGACUGAUCUGACCCGCCUUGACACCCCAUGGGAGUGGACUGAGAGAUGCGAGGCUGCUUUCAGACACCUGAAGCAUGCGUUGACACAUUACGAAGUCUUGAAACUUCCUGAUCCUGAUAAGCCUUUUAUAGUAACUACGGAUGCUAGCCAAUAUGGCAUAGGCGCCGUACUUGCACAACAGGAGGGGGAAAAGUUGAACCCAGUAGAGUACAUGUCCAAAAAGAUGCCCUCUCAGAAGUUGGCAAAGUCCACCUAUGAGAAGGAACUCUAUGCGGUGUACAAGGCUCUGACCCAUUGGAGACACUAUCUCCUUGGGAGGUUCUUCAUCCUCAGGACUGAUCAUCAAACCAUGAGAUGGAUGAGAACACAACCGGUACUCUCUGAUGCUCUCAAGCGUUGGAUCGAAGUCAUUGAGCAGUAUGACUUCGAGCCCCAGUACAUCAAGGGCGAGUACAACAAGGUUGCUGAUGCGCUGUCGCGCAGACCCGACUUCUCGGGUGCGCUGAUCACUGAAUUUGGGCUUGAGGACACUGUUACUCAGUCUUUGGUGGAAGCCUAUCGCGAGGACCCGUUCAUGGCCGAGAUCAUACGCAGACUCGAGGCGAAGGACAAAGUAACUUCCAAGUUCUGGUGGCCCACCAUGAUGAAAGAUGUGAAGCUGUACGUGGAGACUUGUCAAGUCUGUCAAAGGGACAAGCCACGUACUCAGGCUCCUCUUGGGCUCUUGAAGCCGCCUCCGAUUCCGGAAAGGCCUGGUGAGAGUCUGUCCAUGGACUUCAUGGAUACUCUGAUCACCAGCAAGAGUCGAAUGCGUUAUAUGUACGUCAUUGUGGAUAGAUUUACUAAGUAUGCUAGGUUAGUAGCAAUGCCGGAAACAGCAAAGACGGAGUACGUGAUACAAAUGUUCAAAGAGAACUGGGUUAGAGACUUUGGUUUACCGAAGUCUAUUGUCAGUGACAGGGAUGUCCGGUUUACCAGCGAGUUGUGGAAGGCCGCCGUUGCAGAGCAAGGCACUCAGUUGCAGAUGACGUCUGGGAAUCACCCAGAGGCCAAUGGACAGGCCGAGCAACUGAACCGCGCUGUACAACACCUGUUGAGGCACUACAUCAAGCCCAACCAGGUGGAAUGGGAUGAGAAGCUUGCUCUCAUCCCCAGCUUGUAUAACAACGCUGUACACAGCGCCACCGGGGUGAGCCCAAAUAGCUUACUGCUAACAUUUAAGCCGAGGCUGCCCCUAGACUUCCUUCUCCCUGAGAAUCAACCCACUGCUGCACCAGGUACCUUAGAAUUUGCAUAUCGCUAUGAACAGAAGAUGCAGCAGGCUGUAGAACAGAUGCAGAAGGCGCAGGCUGCAAUGAUAGAGUCUGAGAAUAGACACCGCCGGCCUUCUGCAUUUCAGGUUGGGGAUAGGGUCUGGGUUAAGUCUUCAGAACUGGGACAGGUAUACGGGAUCUCCCACAAACUCAUGCCCCAGUACUUUGGACCCUGGGAAGUCUUGGACAUCGUCGGGAUAGAUCCGGAUGGGCCAUCUUAUGUUAUCCGGAUCCCUGGUUAUCUCCGUACCUACCCUGUCUUUCACGCCUCCAAGCUGGCACCUUUCAAAGAGACUGAUCAAUUUCCAACUCAUCGCUCAAUGCUGCCCCCAACCAUGGACAGAGAAGUGGACAUCGAUGGCAUUGUGGAUCACAGAGAGCUGCCGGUAUCAAGACCAGCAGGCAGGGGACGUCCUCCGAAGCCGAAGCUGCAGUACCACGUUCGGUUCCGGCAUCAUACUGAUCUGAAGGAGGACCGCUGGUUCACCAGGGAAGAACUCAUGCAGACCGCUCCUCAAGUUGUAGCCCAAUACGAGAGAUCUCUGCAGAAGGGAAAGCUCCCCAAGGUUGAAGACUGAGCUUCUCAGAGGACUGUUGAAGCUAAGGAGGAGGGAAUGCGAGGCCACCUCCUAUAUGAGGAGGGAAUGCGAGGCCACCUCCUA